AUGCCAGCUAAUAUAGUAGAUGAUAUGAAGAUAGCGGCAAUUGCGACCUGUCCCAAACAUUGUGCUUUGUGCUGCCAGACGCCUGCAUAUAGUUGUUCGAAUGUGGCAUUCCCUCGUCUCAACUGCGCCACAAUCACUUCAUCCCAAUGUAACUCGCCAACAUGGCGUGUGAUCAUCGCUCAAGACUGCCCAGCAUCUUGUGGAUUCUGCAACGAAGGAGGAUGUGUGGACGCUGUCACCAACUGUGAGACAGACCUUUCCAUCUGUACCACUGUUGGCAUGCAAGACUUUGUCAAUACAUACUGUCAAAGGACCUGCAAUAGAUGUCCAUCCACCACUGCUGCUUCUGGUAUCGUAACCUCUACAGGAUCAUCCACUGUAACAUGCACAUCAUAUAUCGCUGACACUACCACUCAAUGUGCCGCCUGGGCCGCUAAUGGAUUCUGCACUAACACCUUCUACACAUCGGCUCAACGCAGAGCGAGAUGUGCAACUACUUGUAGAAUUUGCUAA